UUUUGAUUUGGAUUGUGCAAGACCAACACAUUACACAGGGUGCAACUUGGUGCAACAGUUGCAAGACUGUAUGAAAACAGUUGCGACAUAUUGAAAAUUGUAAAUUUGUUGACCCGAAUCAUGUCAAUGUUUUAAUGUGAGUAGAUACCUUCUGACUUUCCAGGAUUUUCUUCAGCACUUCAUAUUCAAGAUUUUGAAGGUUUUGAUUGAGCUGUGAGCAUGUAGCAAGCUGAUGACACAUCAGCACUAACUCAUUGUCUUCCCUGCUAGAUCCAGUAUUCCCUGAACAAGAGUCAUUCUACCAGCAAGCAUGGCCUCAGAUGCUGACUUUCUGCGCCCACGCCGGCUCCAGCCACAGAACCUGCCGACCAAGCUGUUUCUGCGCGAGAUCGGUGGGCAGCGUCCGCGGCGCCCCUACCGCUGCCACCGCACCUUCUACCUCAACGUUUACCCCAACUUCACAGUGCAGGCUGUGGAGAAGCCGGCCUGCACGCUGCGCAAGUUCACGCCGGACGGCCGGCACAUCAUCGCCAUCUCGGGUGACCAGCAGAGCGUGGAGGUGUACCGGUACAACGGCGCGUCGGCGGCGGCCGCGCUGCUGGCCGGCCGCUCCGGGGACCUGCUGGCCAACUCGGACCCGCAGGCGGAGACGGCGCGUCGCCUGCUCUUUGCCAGCUUCUUCACGCUGCUGCGCAGUGUGCGCGUGGCGCCGCAGGGAGAGAAUCUGAACCGCGAGUGCUCGCUGUUCACCGAUGACGGUGUGCACGUGAUCGUCGGCUCGGCGAUGGUGACGGACGCGCACGAGCAGGAGACGGCCAUGUCGUCGUCUCGCACCAACGAGUGGGUAGCGCCCGGCGCGCGGACACCCCUCGAGAACUACUCCCUCCUAGUGGUGGACAUCGGCCGCGGCGAGCUGCGAGACACGAUCCACUUCAAGCGCGACAAGAUUUUCACGUCGCACAACCAGGGUCUGUACCUGUACGGCGACACGCUGGCGGUGCUCUCCGUGCAGCACCAGACGAUCCACAUCUACAACGUGACCGAGGGCGGCUCCAUCAUACCCAUCCGCACCGUCGGACGCUUCUGCUUCGACGACGACGAGCUCUUCUACCAGUCGACGGCGCCGACGGCCGACAUCCGGCCGCCCGGCAGCGAGAAGUUCAUCUGCGGCCUGAAGCACCGUCUGCUGGUGUUUUUGUACCACCGGGCCGUGCGGAUCAGCGAGCAGGAGGGUUCACCAUACGAGCUGAGACGCUUCUACCUCUACUUCAACCGGUUCCGCUCGCUGAGGAUGUGGAAGAUGCAGCUGCUCGACUCGCACCACCUGCUGAUCCGAUACGCCAGUGAGGAGGUGGUGACGUUUCGCGUGGAGCACAACCAGCAGCCGUCCGUGUUCGUGGUGUACAACAUGGACACGAGUCGCGUGUUGGCGGUCUACGAGAACACCUCUCAGCAGCUGCUCUACCUGUACGAGAACUUUUGCGACAACUUCCGCAACGCGCGCCUCUCGGUGGACAGCCGCUACACGUGCUCACCGUCCAACAACAUCUACGCCAGGCACGUGCAGGCUCGGUUCCGUCACACGAUCGAGUCGGCCCGCCACGGCAGUCAGCUGGAGGCCACGCGGCGACUGCUGGUCCAGCUGCCCAUCUCUGGCCAGUCGUACUCGUCCAGUCCGUACCUGGACAUGCAGCUGUUCAGCUACGACGAGAAGUGGGUGUCGGCCAUGGAGCGGCCCAAACCGUGCGGAGAACAGCCCAUCAGGUUUUACGCGCGCGACUCUGGACUGCUGCGGUUCCGGAUCCGUGCGGGGGUGAGCGGUCGGCCGCAGCCGCCGGCCGGCGCCGCCUCCCCCCAGCGGCUGGUGGCGUUCAUAUUCCACCCGACCGACCCGUUCGCCAUCAGUGUGCAGCGCACCAACGCCGAGUACGUGGUCAACUUCCACGUGCGCCACGCGCCCAGCUGACCGGAGCGCGGAGCGCGCCACGGUGGGCUCGGUGGGAGGAAGGGGACUGGGAGGGGAGUGGGCUGAGGGUACUCGGGGAGGGACAGGGACCCGCGGGGAGGGGAGUGAGGGAGGUGGGAUAGUGGUGGGUGCUCCUUGUGGGUGGGAAGGGGGAGUAACGUGGACUGGUUGGAAGGGAUCGUCGCACGAGGAAAGGAGAGGAAGGAAGAUGGAUUCGUGUGAGGUGUGCCGUAUGAGGGGAGGAGGGGGCGGAAGGCUCGGGAGGGCUGCCCCUGCUAUGGUAUGCCGCCCUGUGGUAUGGGAGAGAAGGGGGUGGAGGGGAGUGUCUCGAGGGGAGGGGAGGAGGCUGUUUCGCCAGAUGGAUGGGGCUGUGGGUUCAUGGGAGGAGGGUUUGUCGAACGGGGGAGACGGCAGGGGCGCUGGACUUUGGCAGAGUUUGCCGCGAGGGGAGGGGGAGGGAGGACUGGGAUUUCACCAGUUGGCAGCACCAAACUCGGGGAAGUCCUUACAGUACCACGAGGGGAAGUCCUUAUUGCUUGCAGGCUGUGAUCCCAGUAGAGGAUUUAUUGAUGCUAAAUGACGGUUAUAUGCAGACGACGGGUGAUACACACACUAAAUGCAUGGUCAUUAAGUUUUCUCUAGAAUCGAUCUUUGGAUGGUGGUUUCGGUAUGUUGUUAUGACGGCGCAGUGUUUUUCGUGAAGCAUGUUUGAGGCGUUUGAUUUUUUUAAAGUGUUUUUAUAUGAAAUGGAAAGCAAGUGUCGUCUCCAUUAUGCAGUGCAGUCAGCAGUGUUAUAUUGUACCUGAUGGUGGAGUGAGUCGUCGGAGCUCCUGCCAACAUAUGAUGGGUUCACUAUGCUACGUUUGUUACGAUAAACUAAGGAGUAAUGGCUACUGUGGUAUAAAAUGAACAGCCCAACUAUCCAGGGCGCAAAAUGACCAUUGUUGUUGGUGCACCCUAAAACCCAAUAAAUAAACAAGUCCAUCGAUCUAUAUUCUACCUUUUACUGAUAAACUAAUUAUAAAUUGGAAUAUCGGCAAACAGAUAAAAGGUCGCAUAAUGAAUAUUGUGAUCUUCAGCAAACGUAUUUUGUAUCUAUUUUUAUUAAAGAAGUGUUGAUAUUUUUAUCGUCUGCAUUAAACUCUUUCCAUUACGAAACAGCAGUGUUGGUGAAACCAUAUUAUGCCUAACCAGCUCUAAUAAAAUCAGUGCCUCG